AUGCAAAAUUUACCGAAUACUUCUCGAUUGGGGAAGAAACAUGAGGAAAUGAGUGAAAGACCAAGUAUCAACCAAUAUAACACUAGUAUUAACAAUAGUAACCAUACGGAUUUGAUUAAUUUUUCCAAAAAACCUGAAAAGAUUUGUAGCAAUUGUGGUCUUCCUAUCCUUCAGAAUAAUAAAAGUAAUAAAAGUACUUUAAAGGCAUUAGGCAAAUAUUAUCAUGAACAAUGUUUCAAAUGUCAUGAUUGUUCGAAACCAUUAAUACCAAAGUACUUCCCAUAUGAAAUAGCAGAUACUAAAGAAACCCUAUUACUUUGUCAAUAUGAUUAUUUUAAAAGGCAUGAUUUGCUUUGCCAUGUAUGUGAUAAACCAUUAAGAGGAUUGUAUUAUACUGCGUUUGGUGAACGUUAUGAUGAAGAACAUUUUUCGUGUAGUAUAUGUGGUGAAGCUUGUGGUGUUAAAAAAUGUUUUAUGAAAGAUGGAAAAUUGUUUUGUAGGUAUCAUUUCUUAAAAUAUUUUUCAAAAAGAUGUAAUGGUUGCCAAUACCCUAUUUCUGACAGAUAUAUAGAAUUUCCGAGAGGUGAAGAAAUUCAAUGCUGGCAUCCAGAAUGUUAUGGUAUACAUAAAUAUUGGCAUGUUAUGCUAUCGUCGUAUAAACUUGGGUUAUCUCCAGUUCCCACUGUAGCAUAUAAAAAAGGUGAUAUUAUAGAUGACACUAAACCAACAAAAAGUGAGAUGGAUUCGCAAAUGCAGGCUUUUAUUACAAUAUUAACCAAGACAUGGUCUGUUCUAUACAAAUUUGAAGAACAUACAGCGUCAUGUAUUUCUGACAUGUUUCAAUAUUUAACAAGCGUCGAUCAAUUAAAAGGUCUCGAAUCCGCGGCUCUAUUAGUAUUAAAAAUCGAAUGCUUAUUCAAAUCGUUAAACUUUUUAAAAAAUAAUCUAGAGCAAGAAACAAAUGAAGCUAUCGAGGAUACCAAAUCUGAAGUGGUCGAGGAAGAAUCACAAGAAGAUGCAUUCAAAUUAACUUCACAAAACGGAAAUUUUAAUUUAAAGAAAUUAUCUAGAAAUUUAACUUCAAAAAUAAUGGUGUACUUGCAAUUACUUAGGAAAUUAAAUUCAGAGGUAGAAAGCUCAAAUGUCAAAAUUGCAUCUUUCAUGUCUAUAAUAACCGGCUUAGCACAUUACUUGAAAUUACUAACACGUUGUGGUUUAUACAUGGCGCUGGAAAUGAAUCAGAAAUCACAUACUUCAGUGAAUUUGUUGAAAUUUUUAAAAGAAGUAGAAAAGAAUGAACUUUAUGAAAGUAAUCCAUUCCAAUACAUUAAACUUUCUGUCAAAGUUACUGAUAAUUGUUAUUCAUGUGGAAAAUACAUCCAAGAAGAAUGCAUACAAUAUCAGGAUAAGAGAUGGCACACAGAUUGUUUGGUAUGUUCGGCAUGUCACAACUCUAUUAAUAUUAACAACUUGUCUGAUGCGACUUUUAAUUCAACAAAAUCUUUGGUACUAUGUGCCGACUGUUCAAUAGAUGAUCCAAUUUCCAUUCCUGGUUUUAAGUAUGUGUCAAGAUUAUCACAGUUAAUAUUCUUAUUGAAGAUUGCUUUAGUCAGAUCAAAAGCUGUAACAGAGACGCAAUUAAAAAAUAAAUCAACCAACCAUAAAGCAAAAAAUGCAAAAGAGGCUAUAAAAAUGCAAGAAAGUUAUGUAAGAACUUUAAAUGAUAUUACUAAGUUGAAGUCACGUAGAGAAAGUGUAAGAAUAGCUAGAAAGCAAAAUGUCAGAAUGUCGAUGUUAUUAGAAAAAACCGAUACUGAAUACAAUGCAACUGCUGUAGAACUUGAAGAUAAGGUGAUAUCUGACACAGAACCUCCAAACAGUUCGAAAGAUCCAUCAUCUCCAGAAAACGUGUUCAGUGCGGCAAGGUCGCUAACUUUAGAUGAUAUUUCAAGAAUCGUUGCUGCUGAACAAGCUAGGGAAUUAAGACCUAACGCAUUUACUCAUUUUAAGAAACUGAACGAGAUAGGCGAGGAAUCUAUUCGUGUGCUUAAUAAGAAUGGUUGUAUCUAUUAUUCACAAUUAAGUACAACUGAUCUAUCCCUGUUAAGGGCUAUAUCGUUUUCUAUACUUUCCGUAAAUGAUAAAUUACUGGAAGGAAUGUCAGAUCUUUCGCAACUGACACCAGUGCUUGAGAAAGUCGAAAAAGGCAAUUCUUCGAUGAAAUUUUGGAUAAAAAUGAAAGAAAUGAUUAAUAAGGAUUCAAAAAAGUCAUCAACUAAAAAAUUGUUCGGAGCUUCACUAGAAGAGCUAUGUAUAAAAUAUGGUGUACAAUCUGAUCUUGGUGUUGGUCCUUCUAAAAUCCAAGUCCCUAUUAUCGUUGAUGAAUUAAUUUCUUGUUUGAGACAAAUGGAUUUAUCGGUGGAAGGUAUUUUUAGAAUUAAUGGUAAUAUAAGAAGGUUACGUGAAUUAAGCGCUGCAAUCGAUAAGAAUCCAAGUGUUAUCCCUGAUUUAUCAAAAGAAUCAGCGAUUCAAUUAUCUGCUUUAUUGAAAAAAUUUAUUAGAUCACUUCCAGAACCAUUAAUGACAAAGUCAUUAUACCAAUUAUGGAUUAAUGCUGCUAAAAUUGAGAACGAAAAUGAGAAACGAAAAGUUAUGUCCUUAAUUUAUUCAAUGUUACCAAUAUACAAUAGAAAUGUUUUAGAGGUAAUAUUUUCAUUUUUAUAUUGGACGUCUUCAUUCUCACAUAUUGAAAAUGAAAUGGGUUCUAAAAUGGAUAUCCAUAAUCUUUCAACAGUCAUGACACCUAAUAUACUUUAUUCUAGUACCGAAGACAAUUCUACAGGGAUACAACAAUCUACCAAUGAUACAACUAAGCCAAGUACAUAUCAUGAUGCAUUUGCGCAAAAUGAAGGUGAAAAUUAUUUCUUAGCCAUUGAAGUAAUUGACUACUUAAUUACCCAUAAUGAAGAAAUAGCCAUGGUUCCAAAAUAUUUAAAUAAUCUAUUGUCAGAAAUAAAGGCCAAUAAAUUGGACAACUAUGAAUGUAUUAAAUCAUUUGUGAUAAAAGAAUUAAGUGCUAAUUCAUAUAAAUUUGAUUCACAAGACAAUGAAUUAAAAUCUAAAACAAUGAAAAUGGUACAUUCCCCAUCUAUAAUUACGCAAAAUGAGAAAUCUUUAGAUCAAUAA